UUCAUUCUCAAGAUGCCUUCACUACCAAAUGAGUUCAUCCCUUUUGCUGAUAAUACCAUGAACCAAAAUGAAUUUGUUCCCAUCCAGAUUAACCGAAAUGAGACCCGAACGGUUCGCUCAACGUUCGUUACUUCUCGAAACACAAACCAUUCCAAUUUGUUUUCUCCAUCUCAACCUUUUACUUCUUCGUACCAUGCUUCACAAGUCCAUUCAUCUACCUUAACAUUCAACAGUUCAAGCAUGGCUUAUCAGAGGAGAAGUAACAUGGUUUCUGCUGUGAGAAUGCCUCAAAUCUCAGGAUUUGUUAACCCUCGGUUUUCUCCAGUUUUUGCUUCUCCAACCAUCCCAAACAUGUAUCAUCAUGCUACUGUCCCGACCAAUAAUAUGGUCACUAGCCAAAAUGGUCAUGACCGUGGCCAACGUGUCAUAACUUCUGGUCAAACCGAUUGGAAUCACUCUCAAAAUGUUUUUGGUAAGGUCACUCCAACGAUCUCAAACAUGUACGAUCAUGUUAUGGUUCCGACCAAUAAUAUGGUCACUAGCCAAAAUGGUCAUGACCGUGGCAAACGUGUCAUAACUUCUGGUCAAACCGAUUGGAAUCACUCUCCAAAUGUUUUUGGUAAGGUCACUCCAACGAUCUCAAACAUGUACGAUCAUGUUAUGGUUCCGACCAAUAAUAUGGUCACUAGCCAAAAUGGCCAGGAACGUGUCAUAACUUCUGAUCCAACCAUUCACCCUCCAAAUGUUUUUAAUAACCAAUGGAAAACCUUUUACCCUGAACCUAUCGAUUACACCAAAGUCGACACAAGUGACAACGGUGGUGAAAACAAGUAUCGAACCCAAAGCAUACCAAAUGAAAAGUACGGUACAUAUACGUGUCCCAAGUGUCACAGUCCGUUUGAUAUUACACCAAUGAUAUCAGCUGCGCGUAUGGAGUUAGUUCAUGCUAGCAAUGAGACUAGCGAGGAUAAAGAGAAAGGACCUUCUGCAGAAACUAAAAAAAGGUCUCGUGAACAAAAUCAUCCAGAUGUCAAUGGUAAAGCUCGGAAGAUCGAAUCGGAUGACAACGUUCCAGAAGAAAGCUGAUGCUAUAGAGAUGAAAUAAGUGACUCUAAAACUAAUUAAUCAAAUAUCAUUUAAGUUAAGAAAUAUGUAUUUCGAAUUAAGCUUUUAAUAUUAAUGACUAUGUUUGUUUCAACUUAUGAUAUAUGUAAAAUAAAUAAAACUGAAUUUCUUUUUU